AUGAACCCUACGACUGAAAGCAACUUCUCAUUCCUGGAAGAGGGAUUUUCUGCCCGAGACGUUAUUGAGCAGAAAAUCAAUGAGUCGUCCUCAACUGAUGACAGAGAUGCCUUCUAUGUCUGUGACUUGGGAGACAUCUUGAAAAAACACCUGCGUUGGACCAGGGCACUGCCUCGCAUCACACCCUUUUAUGCCGUGAAAUGCAACGACAGUCGGAGUGUGGUCACGACGUUAGCAUCCAUGGGAACCGGCUUUGACUGUGCUAGCAAGACCGAGAUCCAGCUGGUUCAGUCUCUGGGAGUGGAUCCAAGCAGAAUUAUUUAUGCUAAUCCCUGCAAACAAGUAUCUCAGAUUAAGUAUGCUUCUGCCCACGGGGUCCAGAUGAUGACCUUUGACAGCGAGGUGGAACUCGGGAAAGUGGCUCGAUAUCAUGACAAUGCCAAGCUGGUGCUGAGGAUCGCCACCGAUGACUCCAAAGCCGUGUGUCGUCUCAGCAUCAAAUUUGGAGCUCAACUCAAAGCGUGCCGAGGUCUCCUGGAGAAGGCCCGAGACCUGGGACUGGACGUGGUCGGAGUUAGUUUUCAUGUGGGAAGCGGCUGCACUGAUCCUCAGACCUACAGCCAGGCCAUCAGCGACGCCCGCUGUGUUUUUGACAUCGGGGCCGAGCUGGGCUUUGACAUGAACCUGUUGGAUAUUGGAGGUGGCUUUCCCGGCUCAGAUGAUGUGGAUCUGAAAUUUGAAGAGAUCACGUCUGUAAUUAACCCCGCUCUGGACAAGUACUUCCCUGUGGACAGCUUGGUGAAGAUUAUCGCUGAGCCUGGACGCUUUUAUGUGGCUUCUGCCUACACUCUGGUGGUGAAUAUCAUCGCAAAGAAAGUGAUUCUGGAUGAUGACAAUGCGUCUGAUGACGAGGACGAAGGGACCACGGAUCGGACCAAUAUGUAUUAUGUUAAUGAUGGAGUUUAUGGAUCUUUCAACUGCAUUCUCUACGACCACGCUCAUUGUUUGCCUUUGCUGCAUAAGAGGCCGAAGUCAGACGAGCCCCUGUACCCCUGCAGCAUCUGGGGCCCCACCUGUGAUGGUCUGGACCGUAUAGUAGAGCAGUGCACCAUGCCCGACCUGCAGGUGGGGGACUGGCUGGUGUUUGAGAACAUGGGGGCCUACACCGUGGCUGCAGCCUCCACCUUCAACGGCUUCCAACGACCCGACAUCUAUUAUGUCAUUUCACGGCCUUCUUGGAAUCAUGUCGAGAGGAUUUCAUCUGAAGGGAUCCAUGCUCCAGACGAGUGUUGCCUUCAGGAGCUCCCGGUGCACUGCGGCAGAGAGAGACUCGUGGAGAUGCCCAACAAACCUCCGCAGUCUGUGGUUUAA